CCUGGCCUGUUGGGCCACCCAGCCAGCCCGUGCGCCAACCAAGCAAGCGAUCUACAGCACCACCGCUGGCUGUCCCGUGCCCUGUGGGGGCCGCUGUGUAUUCAUGUGGCGUUGUGUGCGCGAGUGGCGGCCAUUUUUGUGAGUUGACAUUCGUCGUCGAAGCGAUUCUCCGUUGAGUGUCCAGUGUGUAUCGUGUGUGAAAAAGCUGGAGGCUAGUCUGUCCGUGCCUGUCCUUGAACGGGCCCUGUGCGCGCAUCAGUGCAUGCUUGGGGUGUUGGAUAGAGCGGAGCGUCGCUGGCGGCUUCGCGAAGCCUCGCCGUCGUCGUUCUCAGCCGCUGUGCCGUAGGAACGCAUGGUUGAGCUUUCGCCGCGGGUCCGUGCGGAGCGCGUGGCGGCGGUCCCCCGGGCCGGUGGACGCGCCUGGACGCGUUAGUUCCAUGGCAGCGGCAGCAAACCCAGUUGCAGACGGCAGCAAGGUGCUCAAGAAACGGAAGGCCAGCUGCUACAAGGACGCUGCCGAUGAGGAGGGCAAGUUUGGCCGCAUGGACGAGGACGCCCUGGAGAAGGAGCGGUACGAGGCAUGGCCUGCUACGGCCGAUGCGCUGGCGACACCGCGGCCGGGUGAUGGCGGCGAGCUGCUCGAGUCUCUCUCCGCGAAAAAGGAGAAUCACAGUGAGAUUGAGCGGCGGCGGCGCAACAAGAUGACAGCCUACAUCACGGAGCUCUCGGACAUGGUGCCCACGUGUAGUGCGCUGGCGCGCAAGCCCGACAAGCUGACCAUCCUGCGCAUGGCGGUAGCUCACAUGAAGUCCCUCCGUGGAACCGGCAACACGAGCAGCGACGGCACCUACAAGCCUUCCUUCCUCACCGACCAGGAGCUCAAGCACCUCAUACUGGAGGCAGCCGAUGGCUUCCUCUUUGUGGUCUCCUGUGACACGGGUCGAGUUAUCUACGUCUCUGACUCGGUCGGCCCCGUGCUCAACCAGUCCCAGUCUGAAUGGUUCAAUGCCUGCCUGUACGACCUGAUCCAUCCAGAGGAUGUUGAGAAGGUACGCGAACAGCUUUCCACCCAGGAGGCGUCCAGCUCAGGGCGCAUCCUUGACCUGAAGACUGGCACUGUCAAGAAGGAAGGUCAUCAGUCGUCAAUGCGGCUGUGUAUGGGUUCCCGGCGGGGGUUCAUCUGCCGCAUGAAGCUGGGGAAUGUGCAGCCUGACGUGCAGGGCCUGCAGAGGCUGCGCCAGCGCAACGCCUUGGGCCCGUCGCCUGACGGUGCCGCCUACGCUGUCGUCCACUGCACUGGCUACAUUAAAAAUUGGCCUCCAUCAGGGGUCCAGGUGGAGCCCGGUGACCAGGAUGGGGGCAGCCAUUGUUGUCUGGUGGCCAUUGGUAGGCUCCAGGUGACCAGUGCUCCGAAUCCCAGUGACCUCGUGGGGUCAAACUCAAAUGCAGAGUUCAUCUCCCGUCAUUCUGUGGACGGAAAGUUCACCUUUGUUGACCCCAGGGUGACAGCAGUGCUGGGGUACCAGCCACAGGAGCUGCUGGGCAAGCCUUGCUUCGACUUCUUUCAUCCCGAAGACCAGGGCCACAUGAAGGAGAACUUUGAGCAGGUGCUCAAGAUGAAAGGCCAAGUGAUGUCGGUCAUGUACCGACUGCGUGCAAAAAACCGCGAGUGGAUCUGGCUGCGGACCUCCUCCUUUGCUUUUCUCAACCCUUACACGAACGACGUCGAGUAUGUUGUCUGCACCAACACUUCGGCGAAGACGCUGUCAGCCGGUGCUACUGGCACCGAUGACGCACCUGCGGACAUGCCGCUAGGCUAUGGUGGACAUGCCAAGGAGGGCUUGGACUACUCACUGCCUCGUGCCGAGGCCUACCGCUCCGCAGACAGGCGUCCAGCAGCCCCCCUGACAUAUGGCUAUGAGCCGUAUGCGGGAGGGCCGCGUUUGGCCAAGGGAUCCCCUCCUGCACAGGCCUGGAGCGCCCCUCCUCCACCGAGGGUGCCUCCUCCACAGGAGCAGUAUGGAUCAAGUGGUUAUGGUGGUGGUGGCAGUGGCAGCCAACUCAGUCCAUCACGGAGCCCAUCAGGCCCUACGUACACACAACUUGCACCAGGUGGUGCAGCACGACCAGGUCUGUGGGGCCAGUGGCAGCCAGGUGAGGCCCCCCCACCUGGAGCAGGAGGAGCUCCACCACCACCCCCUGCGCAGCAGCAGGAGCUGUCUGACAUGCUCCAAAUGCUGGACCAGUCGGGCACGGCAUCGUUCGAAGAGCUCUCCAUGUUCAACUCAUUUCCCGAGUGACAGCGCACACAUUGUGGUGGGGGGGGCCCUCUUUUGUAACUGCAGCGACAGCGCCAUCGUGCAAGGGUUUUGGUAGCAAGCCUCAUCAUGGACCAGCAUUGUACUUGACCCACGUGAAGAAAAAAAAAAUAUGAAAAGAGAACUGAGGUCACAGAAACGCACUGCACUGUACUGCACCCAAGACUGCUCUCUGCCAUCCUGCUUUCACCCCUAUGUGGCACACCUGCCACCGCAUCACCGAGCUGGUAGCGCGCCAAAUGAAGAAAGCUGGCUUCACAUUUCACGACGCUGAAACAACCAUUUUUCGAUAUACUGAGCGUGAAGAUUAGUGCAUUGGUGCCUACUUGAUUAUAGAGUACAUACUGUAAGCUGAAACAAGCAUUUUAGUUUGACUUUUUUUUCCCUUCGAUGGCAAGUUUCACGAGCUUGCCUAUAGAUGUAUGCAUUGUACAUUCCCCAUAUUUUUACAGGACAUGCAAUUUAUUUCAAAGUACUGCUUGCACACAUUCCUUGAACCUCUGCAAUUUCUGGCAUUAUAUGCUGGAUAACGACUGUUGGUCACAGAAAAUUGGAGCUUGUCUGCUUUGUUGUAGGUCACAUGCUGCAGUUUUGGGAUUGGUAGUAAGACAACUGAGGUGGUAGUUCUUAUGACAAAGCUAUCAUGGCAUCUUGAUUAUGGUAUCUCAGAGGGUCAAUGGACCAUACAACUUUUUUUUUUUUCAUGUACAGGGCUCCAAGAUGCUCUAAAUGUGCUUUGUAGUUCAGUGAUAUUGAACCUAAUUUUGUUUAUCUUUCUUUGUAAAGCCUUCUUUCUGUAUGCUUUUCAUAAAUCUAGGCUGAGAUAAGGGUGUCUGAAUUCUAAUCACAUCAUGCCAUGUACCCUCCUUGCCCUGCAGUAAAGCAUUUCUUUCAAGGGUA